CCUGACCGCACCCCGGCGACGCCUGCUGCUGCUGCCUGCCCUGCACGGCGUCUCCCUUCUCCUCACCCGCCGGCCACGCACACCACCACCUCGCUGCACGUCUCGGACGCUCGCAGCAGCAGCAUUCGUCGACGCAGCGCGCUGCCGUAGCUGCGCGCCCCGCGCACCUGCUCUCUCCACCUCGCAGCGCGCACGAUGGCGCCCGCAUCGUCUGCGCCCUCGCGCGGCGCAGACGAGUACUUUCCAGUGCACGGUGGCAGCACCGGCAUCGUGCACGAGACGCUGUACGAGGACGACGAGGCCUCGUCGGGCUCCGAGGCGGACGCAGCGCGCGACGGCGCACGCAAAGCGUCCGUCCGCUUCGGCCAGCUCGACGCGGCGGACGCCGCGGCGGCAGAGAGCGACGGCGCCGGCGCAGGCCCACGCUCGCUCUCGGGCCGCCAUCUCUCGGAGAGCGCACGCUCGCACGCCGCCGACAGCGGCGGCGACGCCAGCGGCAGUGCCUCGCCCUCGUCGUCGGCCAAGCGCCUGCCGGCCGCCGGCGCAGGCUCGCGCGUCGGGCCGCGGCCAGUGCCAAAAGACUCGGCGUCGCUGCGGCACAUCUCCUUCCGCUCCCGUCUCUCGGGCAUCCCGUCCGGCUCGGGCUCCAGCAGCGCAGCAGCAGCCGAGGUGGAGCCGGCGGCCGCGACGUUCCGGCGCAAGGAGUCGCGCGGCAAGAUGGCGCCCGACUCUGAUGAGGAGGACAGCCUGGACGACGAAGACGACGAGGACGAGGAUGGCAGUCAGCGCAACGGCGUCGGGCGUGAGUCGUGGCAGCGUGACCUGUACGGCAUCCACAAGGAGCGCGCCGACCGCAAGCGCAACUCCAAGGCCGCAGCGGUGGAGGAGCAGAGGACACGCGGCGCGCUCUCAGGGUCCAGCAGCUCGGAAGCGAGCGACGGCGACGGCGAGAUCGAGGAAGACGACGGCGAGGCGAGCGACGACCAUCGGCAUGAAGGUUCGAGCUCGCGGCAGCUCGAGGCGCCGAGGCCAGACCGGCCCGGCUUCUCGAACAGCCUCGCUGCACAGGCGCACGAGCGCCGCACCCGGUCCGUACGCCGUGCGCCCUGGCAUCCUCGCGGGCCAUUAGCCGACGGCGAGAACUCGCCUUUGUUCCCGCCGCUGGCUGGAGGUCUGACUACGCCCGGGCCGCAAUGGCCACACGGCGUGAACACGCCGAUGGGCACUCCACCAGAUGCCGUGUCGCCCGAGAUCGAGCCGCGUGCGCGCCUCGAGUGGCAGACAAUGCUCGAGUCGGUGCUUGCGUCCGAGGUGCUGCGCUCCGAGACGAAGCGCAUCACGUCUGCCGACGCAGCCAUCGCGACGCGCGAGGAGCAGAUGUACGCUCGCUGGCUCGACAUCCGCGCUUCGCUGCGCGGGCGCGGCCAUCUGCGCGGCGCUGUCGAGGCCGAGGAGAAGCGGCUGAACGAGGGCUGGGCCGUCAUGGUGCGCGAUCUGAUCCGCGACAUCCACGAGUGCCGGCCCGAGCAGGACCUGCCGCCGCGCGAGCCCAAGACGGAGAGCACCACGCCGGAAGAGCCGCGCAGCGACGUCUCAGAAGGCGAGGACGACGACGGCUCGGCUGCUGCUGCAGUGGCCGCCGCUGCGGCUGCCACGUCCGACGCCGACAACCUCCUCGCCGAGGUCGGCGCCUUGCUCGCGCGCGUCGACUCGGCAGAGGAGCAGUUCCCCAGCAGCCGCAAGAUGCAGGAAGUGUGCCCAGAGUGGAACGACGAGGCGCUGCGGCACAAGCUCGAUGCGCUGUACAGCUGGCACAACGUGACGAGCGCGCUGCGGCUACAGCUGCGCAUCCUGCAGCAGUGGACUGGCAGCGAGACUUUGUCCAUCGAGGGCGACACCAGACCGGGCGCCAUCGAGGGCGGCGAUGAUGGGCCGCAGACUCCCGCUCUCGAACAACCUGAGCGGCCUCGCUGGGGCGCAGAGAUUGACGCGACGGGCACGUUCGUCGAGCGCAUCUUGCGCGAAGACUCUCUGCAGGGCACGUUUGAGAAGCGGACGCUGUCGGCACUCAACGCGCUCGUGCUCAAGGCGAAGCGCGUGAUUCUCAAGUACCACGAGGCCUUCCGGCGCAUGGCUCUGCCGUCCUUCGAGCCGCUGCUCGUGCAGCUCAUCAACUUCCCGACUCGGCUGGUGCUCGGCGCCCUGCGCCUGCGUCUCGACUACGCGGGCAAGCUGCGCGAGCCGUCGCUGCUCAUCGUCGACUCGCUCACCGAUGACCUGCGCGCCGCACUUGCGCUGGCGUGUCGUGUCCGGCUGCAGUACUCGGCGACGAUGGUGCCCGAUCCCGACGCCGGCUGGGACCUGCCGCCGUGCAUCGGCGACGGCUACGAUGCGACGCUGCGCGAGGCGCUGCGCUUCUUCUUCAAGCUGCUCAACUUCAAGCUCAAGGGCGCCGUCUUCUUCAAGGAGACGGAGAUCCUCGAGCCCGAGUGGCGCUUCCUCAGCACGGCUGCCGAGGUCAUCCAGGGCGGCGACCUGAUCGUGGCACGGAGCGUGACGAAGAUCGUCAACAAGCUCUUCGCGCGCAUCGUGACGUACUUCGAGCGCGAGCUGUCAGCACCGAGUACUCGGCGCGGCGCACGCUUCGGCGAUGCGCCAGUCGAGAACAACGGCUUCGGCCCGCAGUCGACGCGGCCAGGCGUCAUCGGUGUCGGUGGCGUCGAGGGCGUUGCUGGGCGCGGGCCGGCCACGGCAGGCGGCCUGACGCGCGGCAAGGUGCGCAUGACGCUCGAGGAGAAGGUGAAGUGGAUCCACGCCGUCUUCGAGAACGUGCGCAUCCGCUCGCGUAAGCUGCUUGGCUUUGCGCGCGACAUCCGCAAUCGUCUCGACAACGCAGCCGAGUACGACCUCGGCAGCUUGCGCUCGCCGCCCGAGCCAGGCAACGGUGAGAACGGCGGCAACAGCGUGGACCAGGCGAGCUCCAUGGGCUCGAGGGCUGGCGGCGGCGCAGCGUCGAACGCGAAUUCGCAGACGGGCGCCGGCAUGGAUCUCAACGGCUUCCUGCAGACGCUCAUCAACGCCGGCUACUUCCUUGUGCUGACCGGCAGCUUUGAGCCGGAAGGCAUCUACCUCAUCGCCGAGCCGAGCUUGCACGACAAGCCGGAGCUGAUCCAGGAGCUCUUCUGCCGCUGCAUCCGCCGAGGGAGUGCCGCAGCCGACGCCGAGAGCUCGGCCAUGGCCGCCGAGGCCAACCUCGCGGCGUCGGUCCUGGCGGGCGGCGACGCAGCAACGACAGUGGCCGGCGAGGAGGAGGCCGCUUCCGACGUGCAGGAUGCCGGCGUCGCUGGCGCAUCGAACGUCGAGACCGAGGCACCGCGCUACCUGCUGCUGCUCUCGCCGCGCGACGCCUUCAUGUGGACGGGCCGCAUCAUGACGCUGAAGAUGCCGCGCAUCGGCGUGGAUCUCAAGGACCGGCGACUGCGGCUCAUCGCAGACGGACCAAAGGGCCGCCUGGCUGCCUGCAAGGCGCAUCUGUACUCCGUCUUCCACGCCGCUGCCGCUGCUUCUGCAGCCGCUCACGCUCCCGUCGAAGAGCCCACUUCAGCGCCGCCGACUGGGCGCAAGGGCGCCAAAGGCGCCGCUCUCGCAGCUGCAGCGGCCGCAGACGCGCUGGCAGCGCAGGUCGAAGACCCUGCCGCCUCGUUUCCCCUCGAGAUCGUCAACGAGAACAUGGCACACAUGUUCGCGGUGCAGACGGAGCUGCGUAAGGUCAACAAGGGCGUGUACAUGCUGUCCGACACGGUCAUCCGCGCGGUGCCCAGCAUUCGCCGCAAUCUGCGAGGCCGACACGUCGUCACGAGCCCGCCGACGGAAGAGCGGCCAAAGCACGAAGCGGGCGUCCGUGUGUCGAAGGCGAGCACCAACUGCGACGAGCUCAUCCAGAACUGCUUCGGCAUGGCCGCCGAGCAGGGCUUCCGUGCGCUGCCGUUCAUCGAGUCGGCGCGCCUGCAAGGGCAGAUGACGCUCGCACUCGCGCGCCUGUCGAUCGACUGGGUGGCCUUCAUCUGCGACGACUGCGUGCCCGGUGACCGGCGCACGUUCAAGUGGGCCGUCGCGGCGCUCGAGAACGCGAUGCAGGUCACGCGCAGCGAGAACAUCUUCCAGCUCAGCGAGGACGACUUUGGCCUGAUGCGCACAAAGGUCGCGAGCUGCAUGGCGCUGCUCAUCUCGCAGUUCGACAUCCUCGGCGCGCGCAGCAGUGUCGCGAAGGCGCAAGAGGAGCAGGAGCGCCUCGACCGCGAGAAGGCGGAGCGCGACCGUGCACGCAACCUCGAGACGGCCAUCAGCAACGCCCAGCAGCAGUCGCCGGGCCUCGUCGCCGGCGCGCAAGCCGCCGCGAACCUCGAGACGGACCGCAAGGCGCUCGCAGCCAAGAUGGUGCACGACAUGGGCGGCGCCGGUGCGCCGCCGAUGCUCAACCGCCAGGACAGCGGCAUGCAGGCGACCGAGGAGCGCUGGGUGCAGAAGGUGAUGGAGUGGGACGCCGCGCGGCAGUCGAUCGAGGCCGAGCAGCGCCUCAUCGGACGCGUGCUCGACGACGCCAAGCCCGAGGACCGCGGCCUGCAGUUCCUCGCCUCGAGCAGCAGCCGCAUCCAGAUCCGCUGGCAGCAGGGCCGCUUCAUCGGCGGCGGCACGUUCGGCACCGUGUACCUGGCCGUGAACCUCGACUCGGGCGGGCUGAUGGCCGUCAAGGAGAUCCGCUUCCAGGACAUCUCGUCGACGCCGAGUCUGUACAAGCAGAUCAAGGACGAGAUGACGGUCAUGGAGAUGCUCUCGCACCCCAACAUCGUCGAGUACUACGGCAUCGAGGUCCACCGCGACAAGGUGUAUAUCUUCGAGGAGUACUGCCAGGGCGGAAGCCUGGCGCAGCUGCUCGAGCACGGGCGCAUCGAGGACGAGGCGGUGACGCAGGUGUACACGCUGCAGAUGCUCGACGGCCUCGUGUACCUGCACAGCAAGGGCGUCGUGCACCGCGACAUCAAGCCGGACAACAUCCUGCUGGACCACCUCGGCGUCGUCAAGUUCGUCGACUUUGGCGCGGCCAAGAUCCUGGCGAAGAACUCGCGCACCGUCCAGCGCAGCCGCCGGCCGGGCGUCGUCGGCCCCGGCGGCGUGGGCGCCGACGGCAAGCCGGGCGUGCCGGGCGUGCCGGGCGCCAUGGGCAGCUUGCAGGGCACGCCCAUGUACAUGUCGCCCGAGGUCAUCAAGGGCGACAACCGCGGCCGGCGCGGCGCGAUGGACGUGUGGAGUCUCGGCUGCGUCGUGCUCGAGUUCGCCACGGGCCGCCGGCCGUGGAGCCAGCUGGACAACGAGUGGGCCAUCAUGUUCCACAUCGGCAUGGCACAGCAGCACCCGCCGCUGCCCGAGCCGGGACAGCUGAGCGAGCUCGGCAUCGACUUUAUCCGGCAGUGCCUCAUCAUCGACCCCUACGACCGGCCCUCGGCGGCAGAGAUGCGUGACCAUCCCUGGAUCCAGAACCUGGUCGACGAGCUCAACGCCGCCAACGAGGAGGAGGCCGCUGCAGACGCCGCAGUUGCGCCGCAUGACUACAGCUCGCACGGCAGCGACAGCGCCGCCGGUGUCGCAGCACUCGCGGCCACGCCCGGCACGCGCUCGAUCAACGGCUUCAACUUCAACCGCGCCGCGCUCGGCAGCCUGCAGCGCAGCGAGACGGGCUACUCGUCGUCGACGUGGUCGCGGCAGUCGGCCGGCGGCAUGCCCGGCAGCGAGGCGACGAGUGUGUCUGGUGGUGCGGGAAUGCCGAGCAGCGGCGCGUUGAGCCAGUACGCCUCCUACGCCGGCUCCGAGGCGACGGACAUCGACCGCGGCACGUUUGACGAGGACCCGCACAUCCACGUGCCGUACCGCGACGAGCACGAGGGCUCGUCUGCGUUUGCGGACCGCGCCUACGACCGCGAGCGGGCCGAGCGGCAUGCCCUCGGCGCCCCCGACGGCGAGCUGGAGGAGCUCGAUGCCGUCUCGCCCGACACCGAACGCCUGUACUAGAAAGGCGCAUGACGCCGCCCGUGGGCGCCGUGCCCCGUGUAUACUAGCCUCAUCUGAAUGCACAAGUCGUGCAGGAGUCGUCGGUGUGCCGGCUCGUGCUGGCGCUUCCGACGCGGCCGCUG